GAUCGACCUCUCUUUUUCUCUCAGCCCUCCAGCCGUAACCACGCAGCCAACAGGAGAGGGAUGUCACAGCUGAAAGAAAAUCAGUCCUCCUCCGUCUGCAUGAAAAACAAGCAGUGCGCGACCAUCCUUCACGCCGACGCACGCGGUAUUUAAUUCUUUUACGCGCCGCUCCGAGACAAAUUGGGCCAAUUCUGGGCCUGUUGACUAUCUGUUAUCUGUCAUCUCUCUCUUGGUGGUAAUAAUGCUCCCCAGCCCGCUCGUAACUUCUUCCACCACGCCUUUCUCUGUGAAGGACAUUCUGAAGUUAGAGUUGCAGCAACAAUCCCAGCAGCAGCAGCAGCUCCAGUUUAUCUCGUGCUUCGGUUUCUCCGGUGCGCGGUCACCGCCGGGAGCUUUCCCAAAUAAACCGUUCCGCUCUCACUCGCCGCCCUCCUGCAUGUUGGCCGGAAGGGACAGUCCAAGUCCCCUCAGCUCCGGUCUCUCGGAGGGCGAGGAGAGGAUGUCGUACCUCAACACGCUCACGGCUCAGGACCGACUGGCAGAGUCCGGUCUGCCGGGGGAGGUGUUCGGCAACCCGGCGCAGAGCCACUCUGCAGACCUCCGGCUGGAGACCGAGCAGGAGGACCGAGACAGCAAGAGCUGCGAUGCGCUGCGGGGUGAGAGUGAGGACCCAGACUCAGAGAAGCCCGUCACCAAGCAGCAGAGGACCAGGAGGAAACCCCGCGUGCUUUUCUCCCAGGCUCAGGUGUUUGAGCUGGAACGGCGUUUCAAGCAGCAGCGUUACCUGUCCGCCCCGGAGAGAGAGCACUUGGCCAGCUCGCUGAAACUCACCUCCACUCAGGUCAAGAUCUGGUUUCAGAACCGGAGGUACAAAUGCAAGAGGCAGCGGCAGGACAAGAGCCUGGAGAUGGCAGGUCAUCACCAUCACCACCACCAUCACCACCCGCCGCCGCCGCCCCGCAGGGUGGCUGUACCGGUGCUGGUGCGGGACGGGCGGCCUUGCCUGACUGGAUCUCAGAACUAUAACACUUCUUACACAGUCGGAGCUCCAAACCCGUACAGCUACAAUGGCUAUCCGGCCUACAGCUACAACAACUCGGUGUAUACUAACACUUACUCUUGUACUUAUUCCAGUUUACCUGCUCUGCCGCCGAACAACACUCCUGCUAAUGCUUUUAUGAACAUGAAUUUGGGAAACCUCGGUGCACAGACGCAAAGCCAAGCGACCCAAGGACCACUCGUCACACCCUGCCAGGGAGCUCUGCAGGGCAUCCGGGCAUGGUAGCGCAAGUCUUUACGCACAAUGAUAGCCGGGAGAGACUAAUUUGCGAUGGCUAAAUGGACUCAAGCAUGUAAAGCUGGUCAACUAAUGCAACAAAAGCACAAUUCAAAACUCUGAAACACAAGAAAUAUAGGCCAGUCGGCUGUAACUCAAGGCAGGCCGACGAGGAACCCAAUGACUGAGAUACAAACCAUAUACAGUAUGUGCAUUUUUCUCUGAGCCACAAUGUUUAAAACACGAAUUAAACCUGCUGUGGAUACAUUUGAUUGUCAGAUUAAAUAUCGCCGCUGAGCAAAGACUGUGCGCUGUACAAUGUGGCCUCUUUGUUCAAAAUGGAUGUAAUGUGCGACAAAAAAUAAUGUGAAAUUGUACAUUAACAUAUAAACAAGUUUCUAUGCGUAUGAUAUAGCCCAUAAUGCAUCCAGUAUUGCCCUAAAAGGCCCAUAUUCAAUUAGACCUUUAAAAUGAAUUGCAAGAAAUAACUAAAUGGACUACAAUGGUAGGUGAUGCAAUCUUAUUACGUAUUGUGCUUUUUUACCCUUUGAGUGUGAUUUCUUUUUGGCAGCAGACUCAAAAUACAUGAGACUCAACAGGCUCUGUUGAUUAAAACGGCCUCAAGUUACAAAGACGAUGAUUGUCACUGAUGAUGAAAGUAAAUGAUACAACAAACAUAAUGACAA